AUGAAGCCGUUGGUAUUGGGAUAUGGUGACGUGCAUCCCUUUUCCAAGGUUGAUAUUACGGAUCGUGCUUCAGUACAAGAGCUGGUCAAGACCCUUCUUGAUCCCCUGCUGCCUCAUUUCUCACCCCACAAAGCGCGUAUCAGAGUCCCCGGUGGCACAGCCGUCCGGUUUGACAAUACUGCUGCAGAGAUUGAGGGAAUAUGCCGACCUAUGUGGGCUCUUGGGAGUUUGCUUGCAGGCGGAGGAACAUAUCACGGUACUGAAUGGUGGAUCCAAGGUCUCAGGUCAGGGACGGAUCCCGAAAGCCCUGAAUAUUGGGGGGAUCCGAGGGAUAACGAUCAGAGGAUGGUCGAGAUGUGCCCUCUUGGAUUUAUGCUAGCUGUGGCGCCUGUUUUCUGGGAUUCGCUGUCUGAAAGGGAGAGAGCGAAUGUCGAGGCAUGGCUAGGUAAUUCGAUCAAUUCGAAGAAUAUGCCGAAUACAAACUGGCUCUGGUUUAGAGUCUUUGCCAAUCUUGGUUUGAAGAAGAACGGCGGGAAAUACUCCCAAGAACGGAUUGAGCAGGAUAUCAUACACCUCAACUCAUUCUUCCGCGGAAAUGGGUGGUCAAAUGACGGACCCGAGGGGAUUUGGCAACAGGAUUAUUAUAGUGGAAGUUUUGCGAUUCAGUUCCUGCAGUUACUCUAUGCGAAACUGGCUGGGGACGAUGACCCGGCGAAAGCUGCCGAGUUCAAAACAAGAGCGCAAGACUUCGCUCUAGACUUUAUCCACUACUUUGACGAAGAAGGGAGAGCCAUCCCAUUCGGACGUAGUGUUGGGUAUCGUUUUGCUAUGGCAUCUUUCUGGGGAGCUUUAGCUUACGCAGAUGUCGAAUUGCCGGCUCCACUGACCUGGGGUGUUGUGAAAGGACUCCUCCUGAGAAACUUGCGUUGGUGGCAGACUCAAGGGAAAAUCUGGAGCUCGACUGGGACCUUGACUAUUGGAUAUUGCUUUCCAAAUAUGUACAUGGCCGAGAAUUAUAACUCUCCACAGAGUCCAAUGUGGGCAUGUCUGGCAUUCAUCUGCCUUGCUGUACCGGAAAACCAUCCUUUCUGGACCUCGAAGGAAGAACCAUAUCCAACAGCUCUGUUGCCAAAAAUCAAAUCUUUGAAGCAUCCAGGGCAUAUCAUAAGCUAUCUUGGCGGCCAUCGACUUCUCUUGUCGUCCGGACAAGCAUGCAGUUAUCCCAUGAAGGGUACACAUGCCAAAUAUGGCUCUUUUGCUUAUAGUAGUGCGUACGGCUACUCUGUACCGACGGGAUGUUUUACGCUUGAGCAAUUUGCGCUUGCUUCUCAGCUCGGGCUGUCAGAUGAUGGGGGAGAGGUCUGGAAAACUCGCCGACUCUGCGAAGUGGCUGUUAUUGAGACCCAUGACGAGCUACCGGUGCUGAAGUCAAUAUGGAAACCGUUUCCCGAUGUUACAAUUAAGACCUAUCUCAUACCCCCGGUUGAAGCGACACCGAAUUGGCAUCUGCGAGCCCAUAAGCUCGAAGCCGGCCGAGAACUGAUGACCGCAGAUGGAUCGUUUGCAAUCUGCAACGAAAGGAAGCUAGAUGGCCGAUCUCUUGAUCUGUAUGAUGCCGAGAAAAACGAAGGCACCAUUCCAAAGAUCAUUGGGAAUUACGACCUCAAUACCCCCGAGGGAAGUUCCCCCGGCGCAGUUGGUGCCAUUGCGGUUUCUAAGGGAGCUGUAGGCAUCGUAGAUCUGGGGGCAAGCGGCCGUACCGCAAUGCAUGUCAAUGCUGACCCGAACUCGAAUCUUGUGGAGAGUAGGACUAUCAUCCCAACAUUGCAGCAUACGGUGAAUAAAGGGGAGACGGUCUGGUAUGUGUCAGGUAUUUACGCUAAGCCUUCAGGAGAUGGCGUGACGCCAGAAAGCUUUCUGGACGGCUGGAAGAAUAGGCCUGUCAUUCCAAGGUGGCUGAUGGAUGAGAUCAGUGUCCUCUGA